AAAAAAAAACGCCAAGUAUCGCAAUCGCAAUCGCUAGCCACAACACAACAGCCUCUUCCAUUAUUGUUUCCAUAAUAAUAAUAUCGGUGAAAAAAGAGAAAGAUCAAAGUUAGGGUUGAGUUUUUGUGUGAUCGAAUCGAAUCGAAUCGAAAUCGAAGUGGAAGUGGGAGAAGAUGUGGCACGAGGCGAGGAGGUCGGAGAGGAAAGUCCACGACAUGAUGGACGCGGCUCGAAAGCGAGCACAGAGACGAGCUGUGUUCUUAGCCAAGCGCCGCGGCGAUCCUCAGCAAUCGAUUCAGGCCGUCGGCUCUCGCUCUCGCAUGUACCGCGACGACGCUCUCUACCAAGCCACUCAGGACCAGCAAGGCCUGAUACCUUGGAAUGGGAAACAAGAUAUAUUAAUUGAUAGAUUUGAUGGCCGUGCUCUUCUUGAUUUCAUUCGGGAUUCUGGGUCCCGGCAUUUCCGGGUCCAAGAAAAGUCGGAAGAAGAAGAAGAACUAGAAGAGUUUGUUAAUUUUGAGCGUUAUCGGGAUUUAAUUAAGCAUCGGCGUAGAGGAUUUACUGAUGAGGAGGCUUUGCAACAUGUAAACCAAGAGAUGGAAGCGAAGGCUGUUGCUCCGUUUAUAUCUGACAGAUCUCAGCCACAGACUCAGCCUCCUGCAAGCAAAGGUUCUUAUUCACAGGUAGGCUUCUCUUAUGAAGGGGAUGGGAAAGAGGAGGCCCAUCUUUCUGAUGAUGAUGAUAAUGACGAGGACGAGGACGAGGAGGAUGAUGAGGAUUUCAAUAGUGAUGAUAGCAACGAUGAAGGGAUGGAUAUUAUAGCAAAAGAAUUUGGUGUAAAAAGGUAUGGUUGGCUCGUUUACAUGGAUAAAAAGGCUAAGGAAGAAGAGAAAAGGCAAAAGGAAGUUAUCAAAGGUGAUCCUGCAAUUAGGAAGCUGAGUCGCAAGGAAAGAAGGAAGGCUUCUCAAAUAGAAAGGGAGCGAGAAAGAGAAACUGCACGAAAUACUGGUACCAGAGUGCUCCAUCAUGAUCCCUACAGGGAAUCUAGACGAAGUCCAACUUAUGAAGCUUAUCCUCGUUCUAGAAGAUCGAGAUCAAGAUCCCGGUCACACUCCCCAUCAUAUUCAAGGCGUUAUUCUCGCGGAGGGCAUUCUGAUGAUGUUCAUCGAAGCAAACCAAGGACACCAAAAAUAGAAUACAUUACUGAAUUUGGGAGCUCUGGUGACAGGGAUCAACCAAAGCUUGGAGGAUUUUCUCCACCAUCAUCUCCACCUUCUCAGGCUGACAUGUUAAAUCGGCCAUCAUCUGGUCGCAUACUUGAGGCACUGCAUGUUGAUCCUGCAUCUGGUAUAUCCCCUGACAAGGAGAAGAGCGCAAAAGUGUUGAAACCAUCAGUAAGUACCUCCUCUGCUAUAGCAAAGUUAACUAAGGCAAGUUCUUCUGGGGGUCCCUUAAAACAGCAACCGGGAGAGAAGAAGGAAACUCCUCAAGAACGACUUAAAAGGAUCAUGAGCAGGCAGCUGAACAAACAAAUUAAAAAAGAUACUGCUGCUGAGAUGGCUAAAAAGCGAGAACAGGAGCGCCAGAGGCUGGAGAAACUUGCAGAAACAAGCCGGUUAAGUCGAUAUAGGCAUCGGAGCCGCAGCCGCAGCUACAGUCCUCCUACAAGAAGAUACCGACGUAGUAGAAGUCCAAGUAGAAGCAGGAGUUCCCGAAGACAUUAUUCCCGCUCUCGUUCCCGAUCUCACUCUCUCUCACAUUCCCAUACCCGUUCCCGUUCCCGUUCCCGCUCAUACUCUCGUUCGCCAAGGGUAAGAAGCCGUUCAAGGUAUCGAUAGGGACAUCUGUUAAAUUGGUAGUCAGUAUAUUUUGAUCUUGUGUCUUGAGUCUUUGGUAUCCCCAGAAUGUAACAGUGGGCAGUAUUCUGAUGUUAGGAUCCUGUUAUUGUGAGGGUAGAUUAAGUAUUGAGACCUUUCCUUAAUUAAGUAGUGAUCUUUCCUUUGUAAACUCUUAUUGAUUGUUUUACUUGAAUGUGUAUGUAAUAUAUUAAUUAGUAUUUCGAUA